GUUUGCGGUCCGAUCCUACCCCGGUCUAUUCGCUGACUCAGUGCCUUAAGCAGCAUCACCGUUCACCUGCACAGAUCUACAGCAUCCUCUGCGGAGAAAGACAUCAGCCAUGGCCAAAACAGCAAUCGCAUAUAAGGAGAAGAUGAAGGAGCUGUCCGUCCUCUCCCUCAUCUGCUCCUGCUUCUACCCGGAGGCACAAAACAAGCUUGUGUCUGAGUUUGAAAACAUAGAGGUGAAAGCGAUAAACAAGCGACGCUCUGGCCAGGCCUUUGAGGUGAUUCUCAAGCCCCCGUCUCCAGUGUCAGAUGGGGCCCACAACCUGCCCUCACCCCCAAAGAGGGCCAUCUCCUUGGAGGACAUUGAGAAGAAACUUGAGGCUGCUGAAGAGCGGAGGAAGUAUCAGGAGGCCCAGGUGCUGAGGGCUCUUGCCGAAAAACGAGACCAUGAGAGGGACGUGUUGCUAAAGGCCAUAGAAGAGAACAGCAACUUCAGCAAAAUGGCCGAGGAGAAGCUCCAGAUGAAGAUGGAUCAGAUCAAGGAGAACCGUGACGCCCAUCUGGCCGCCAUGAUUGAGCGUCUACAGGAGAAGGAGAUACAUGCAGCUUUGGUGCGCAAGAACAAAGCGCUGAGGGAAGAGCUGACAGCAUGAGCCUCGCACAAGGCCUGACUCCCAUGGUCCAUCAACAUCCCCCCAUCCAGCCCCACCCCCCUUCCUCGCCCCGCCCUCAGACACCCAACAGACACCCAACACUGGAGGCCGAGAAGUUCGAGGACCUCACCUCCACAUCACACCACCCCACACCACCAGUACUCACCACUAUCAGUAUUAUCAGUGGAGACCAACAUCAUUAACACUCACCUUGAGAGCUUAAUUAAUUUGUUGAUUUUAAAGAACAUGUGAGAAUAUGGCUAUUAUUUUGUAAAUACUUUUUUCUUAAAAUCUAUCUGUCUUUCCCUCUUUCUUUCUCUUUAUCUCUAUCUAUCAUGGUAGGUGAAGUACAUACCAAGAUUGUAUUGUACUGCGCUGUACAAUUUCAAACAUGUAGUUUGUAAUUGAUUAACGUUUCAGUUCUUGAUUUGACGACAACCAUUUUCUUGUGAAGGCCGUCGGUGUUGUGAGUUGGCUGUAGACUGACCUUUGCAGUGUUUCCUGAUGAUGUCAUGAUGAUGAUGUUUCUGUGUCUUUGUAAAGAAGGACAGUCGGUGUACCUACACCACAGACUCCUCGAGGUAUCAACGUAUCCCAUCUGUAUCUCCCACGCACACCCACUCAUUCUCAACACGCACGCAUGGAACGUAACAAUACGCUGAACUCCACAGAGCCAUAAAGUGUCCACCUCCUCUGAAAUGAGCUGAAUAAUGAACUUGAUAGGUGCAUUGUUGUUAUUAAGAAUGUCUUUGCUCAAUGGGAGCAACUGUUUAUCCACUUGCAUAUUCCCAUGUACCCUAACAACAGCAUUUCUCAAUGAUUCCAUCUUCUAAAGCUUUAUUUCAUACACGGCAUUUGGGCAGUAAGCGCUUGAAUGUUAUGACACCAUACUGGUACCAUGCAUAUUGUCUUGGACAGUGGGAUGUGCUGUUGGUCCCACCUUGAUAUUGACAGUGUGACCAUCACGUAUGUCUGUGUGGGUGUGUGUGAAUGCGUAAUUAUUACAAGGCAUCAUUAGCCUCUGCUCUCUUUAGGGGAUUAGAUGGAGAAUGGAUGCAGGAUGCUUUACAUGCAGCACACUGAACUAGUCUCUUUUUAAUAUACAGUACCACUGAUAUCUGCCUGCAUCCUCUGCUCCUUGUGUUUCUCUGUGAAAGCUUUGCUGAAUAAAGGUUUGAGGUUCUGUGAACAUGG